AUGGACACCUCCUACCCACGGGAGGACUAUCUGCCUGCACCGUCCCACAAGCGGGAUCCAUCUCCCACCGCCCUCACCUCCCCACCGCCCCGUGACCACCUCAUCUGGUCCAUCUUCAACACCAUCUACAUGAACUUCUGCUGCCUCGGCUUCGUGGCACUCGCCUUCUCCGUCAAG